AUGGCGAUGUUAUACGACUGUAAUCACAGUAAAAGUAAUAGUAGUUACGCCCGCAAGACCUCCACCGAGUCCGCCCGGCGCUCCAACACUCAGGCAUCUGCCUACGCCGUCAAUGCCAGCACCAUGGCGCUGAGCGGCUUCCACUUCUCUACCUGCGGGGCAGGCGGAGCGGUAUGUACACACACACGGCGCGACAAUGGAAGUGUGCAAGAAUGAAAGCUGAUCUGGAUAAUGACACAGGGGUGUUGGGUUUGAGGUCCCCCUAGGAGGGGUACCGUCACCACCGCCGUCUCCGCACGCCGCGCCGCUCGGAUCUGCUCGUCCGGGCCUGAAGGCGCGCAAGCGUAGCGGAGAUGCCUGCAAUCACAUCACGGAAGAGUGUGAGAGACUCUUCUGCGAGACGCUGAAGACUGUAUUCUUGGUUGAGAAGGGUACCGGUCUUGAGAACUCGCUGGUGAUGGAUUUGCGAAACUCGAGCAACAGCAACAGCAACAGCCUGCCGAAUGGCAGCAAGCCUAUUCCGCAGCCGCCGCAGAAUACUCGCAUGGAACAUGGUCUUCCUACUCCUUCGCCGUCCCCGGAUGGUCGCAUCUGGCCGAAGACGGGAGGUCUGAUCAAGGACCAUGUGGAAGUGUGGGAUUACGUGGGAGGAGCUCGAUUCAGAGGGUUCGUUGCGGAGAAGAGAGACGUGCGCAGCAUGCUCGUCUUCUUCGACAAAGAGGUCAUCGGAUUGGAUCUGAAGCCAGGGUGAGUUUUUUCCGCCUACAUGAUGUACCCUUCCUCCGUCACACACAUGCUAACAUCCUCCUGCAUCAGACUCAUGUCCCUCCUCGAACUCGCCAGUAGCGAUCAUUUCGAUUGCUCCCAACUCAUCAUCUGCGUCGACCGCACCGCCGACGAGGAAGAAGUCCAGGACCUCACCAAAUCCCUGGGUUGGGUCGGCUUCGAACUCUCCAUGCUCGAAGACUGGACCCCCGCCGCAGAAGGCUGCAUAAGCGACCAGUACAUUUUCCUUGGCAUGGACGUCUAA